GGGGCCGCCCCGCCCCCGGCCGCGCUCCCGGCGCCCCCAUUGGCGGUUCCCGGGGCGCCUGGUGACGUGGCCGCCGAUGCGGGCGCGGGGAGCGGGCAGCGGGUGCCGGUAGCGGCGGCCCCGCGCGGCGCGUGCGCGUGCGGCAGGGGGCGAUGCGCGGGCGGCCGCGGGCGGGCGCAUAUGGCCAGGAUCGGCUUCUCCUGCCCGUGCCCGGCGUUGUGGCGCCUGGCGGCGCCCUGGGGCUGCCCGCGGCCGCGCUCGGCGGCGCUGGGGCUGGCGCUGGCCGUGGGGCUGCUGCUGCUGCUGGUGGUCGCCGUCCCCCGCCGCUGGGCCGCGCCGCCCCGCGCCGACCGACAGUACGAGAGGUACCUGGCGCGUGUUGAGGAGCUGGGCGCCACCGACACCGGGGAUGCGGCGCUGAGCUACGGGGUUGUUGUCGAUUGCGGCAGCAGCGGGUCCCGCGUGUUCGUCUACUUCUGGCCCCCGCACAACGGCAACCCCCACGACCUGCUGGACAUCAAGCAGAUGCGGGACCAGAGCAGCCGGCCUGUCGUCAAGAAAAUUAAGCCAGGCAUCUCUGUGGUGGCCGCCACCCCCGAGCGAGCUACCCCCUACCUGCGCCCCCUGCUUCAGUUUGCUGCUGCCCACGUGCCAGCCGAGAAGCACAAGGAGACUCCGCUUUACAUCCUGUGCACGGCCGGCAUGAGGCUGCUGCCUGAGCGGCAGCAAGCUGCAAUCUUGGAAGACUUGGUGAGAAAUGUGCCUCUGGAGUUUGACUUCCUCUUCUCCAAAUCACAUGCAGAAGUGAUCUCAGGGAAGCAGGAAGGUGUCUAUGCUUGGAUCGGCAUCAACUUUGUCCUGGGGAGGUUUGACCACGAGGAUGAGGAGGAUGCAGUGGUCACUGUGGCACUGGGGGACCAGGUGGAGUCCCUGGUGCGGAAACGAACGGUUGGGAUCCUGGACAUGGGGGGUGCCUCCCUGCAGAUCGCCUACGAGGUGCCCAGCUCUGGAGUCUUCUCCUCCCCACAGCAGGAAGAGGCUGCCAAGAGCCUGCUGGCAGAGUUCAAUCUGGGCUGUGAUGUGCAGCACACUGGCCACAUGUACCGUGUCUACGUCAACACCUUUCUAGGCUUUGGGGGCAAUUUUGCUCGGCAGCGCUAUGAGGACCUUGUUGUGAACCAGACCUAUGUGCACAACCGCCUGCAUGGCCAGCAGACAGGGCUGAGCCCUGAGACACCCUUCCUGGACCCCUGCCUGCCUGUGGGGCUGGAAGACACAGUGGCGAGGGGAGGCCAAACCCUGCACGUUCGUGGGCGAGGAGACUGGCAGACUUGUGCGGAGCUGCUGCACCCCCUCCUGAUGGGGUCCAACAGCAGCCAGGCCUCCCUGGCGGAGGCCUACAAAGCACCCAUCGACUUCAGCAACAGCGAGUUUUACGGCUUCUCCGAGUUUUUCUAUUGCACCGAGGAUGUGCUGCGCCUGGGGGGCCACUAUGAUGCCCCCUCCUUCACCUCUGCUGCCCAGGAGUACUGCAGCCAGACCUGGGCGGUACUGACACAGCGCUUCCACAACGGCCUCUACUCGUCGCAUGCGGACCAGCACCGGGUCAAGUACCAGUGCUUCAAAUCAGCCUGGAUGUACCAGGUCCUUCACCAGGGCUUCCACUUCCCCCUGGACUACCCCAGCCUGCGCACAGCCCAGCUGGUGUACGACCGGGAGGUGCAGUGGACACUGGGAGCCAUCCUCUACAAAACACGUUUUCUGCCACUCAGGGAUCUCCGGCCAGAGAGCGUCCGGCAAGCACAUACCUCCUGGCUGCGCCUCUCUUUUGUCUACAACCACUAUCUCUUCUUUGCCUGCAUCCUGGUUGUAGUGCUGGCCAUAGUCCUCUACCUGCUGCGGUUGCGCCGCAUCCACCACCGGCAGGUGCGGUCUGCCCAGCUCGACAUGCUCUGGCUGGACGAAGUGGUGCUGCUGCCACCAGGCCAGGGAGAGGGGCCGUGACACCAGCAGUACCCACUAUCCAGUUGCACCAGCAGAACCAGUACCAGGACUGGAUGACAAUGCCCUGGUCCCUGAGGGCUUGGACUCUUUCUUGAAGACUGCCUCAAUGCUGCACUGCAUCAUCUCCAUGCCAGAACCAGAGCUCACGGGCCAAGGCAGCUACGGGCACCAGAGCCUCCCUCGCUGCCACUCCUCAGCCCUAAUCAUUGCAUUCCCUGGCUUCUGGCCUUCUCCUUGCUACAAGGCAUAGGGCAAAGUCCUUUGCUGCCAGCAUGCUCAAGGCUGCAGCCCUUGCUGAGUCCCUCAGAUAAGCAGGACUCAAAAUCACUGAGGCAGCCCCUGUUUUGCUGGGUGGCCUGAUACGGUGCUAUAGUUUCUCAUCACCCAGGUGUGGCCUUGUUGUAGCUCACUGUGAGUACAAGGGCUGAAAAAUGCAGCAAGGUUACUGCAAGAACCACGUGAGCCCAGUGGCCACGUGUAGCCUAGAGCUCCAUGGAGCUGCUUGGCCUGGCCUGGCCACUCUCCAAACAUUCCUUACCAGAGGAAGAGGGGUCCAGCUCCUGUUUGUGUCCUCCCCCUCUCCUUGCUCCAUCUUUCCCCAUUCCUAGCUGAUGCCCCAGGCUCAGCUCUGAGGUCUCAGGAGCUGUUUCCUAACCAAGGCCCAACCAAAGGUGGUUGCGUUUCCUUUCAUUCCCUUCUAAGCCUGUGGUGUCCCACAGGCUAAUCAGGCACUAGUGCAAAAAGGACCAGUGGGUCUUUCCCCCUUGCAAGUGCAGGCUGGGCCUGCCUCAGAGCAGGGGAACCACUGAACUGCCCCAGGGCAGUUUGGGGUGGUGGCAGCCAGCUGCUGCCUCCCUCUGUGCCCGGGCCCAGGGAGCAUUCCUCCCCUAGGGCUGGAGCCCUGAUGACCUAAUGUAGUUCUUCAGUUUAUACUUGAACUCAACUGUUCCUAUUCCCAUAGCAAUAAAAUAAUUAUGAGCCAUCCA